CCAUUUUCAGUCACCCCAUUCAUACCUUGUGUUCUCUUUUCUCUUAUACAAACAAACAUAUGUAUUUGUGUGUAUAUACAAGGAAAAACAAGAAGGAAAAAAAGUGGUGAAUGCUCUGAGUUCCAAAGUUUGCUGAAAAUGGAAAGUGAAAAAUCAAAUAGAACACAAUCUGGCUCUGUAGAUGUGUACAGUCAGGUUGAGCUUAGGGGUACUGGACCUGAUAAGUAUGAAACUACCAAAUUGGUUGCUAAUAUUGAAAAUGCAGUCAGUAGCAAUUUGAUAUCAUCGAUGGGUGUCCAGAAAGAGAAAUUCUGUACUGAUUGUGCUGAAGAAAAUCAGCAAACUAGUAUGAGGGUCUUAAAAGAAAAAGAAUCAAAGAGUCGAAAGAAUAUAGUAGGCCCCAGAGACCUUGUUUGGGGGAAGGUAAUGGCUCAUCCAUGGUGGCCAGCGCAAAUAUACGAUGAGAGUCUAGCACUUUCUCCACUAGGGCACACAAAAAGAGAUGGUUCAAUUCCAGUUCCCUUUUUUUGGUGAUGACAGUUAUGCGUGGCUUGAUCACGAUCAAGUCAUCCCCUUUGAAUCUCAUUUUGAGGAGAAGUCAAAGAUAUCAAAACUUCAAACUUUCAGUGUGGCAGUUGAAGAAGCUAUUGAUGAGCUGAAAAGGAGAGCUGCACUUGGAUUGACUUGCUUCUGCCGGCACCCUAGUAAUUUUCGACUUGCAAGAACUGAAGGGCUUUACGAAGUUGAUGUGAGCGGGUAUGAACCUGGGGCUAUUUAUUCAUCGAAGUGGAUUAAAAAUUGUAGAGAUGGUUUCCAGCCACAUGGGAUGUUUUCAUUCGUAAAGAAGUUGGCCACGUCUCCAAGAUCUUUGCUGAAUAUUUAUGGGAUAAUUAACAGUGCAAAGGUUACUGCUUACAGAAAAGCAGUUUUUGAAGAAAACGAUGAGACCUAUGAUCAGGCGUUUGAUGAAUUUGAAAAAGAUGAUGAGACUUAUGGUCAGGCAUUUGGAGUGAAAGACUCAAGCUCAGAGUAUCUUGCAGAAUUUUCAAAAGACGGAAAUCAACUUAAAGGUACUGUUGGUGCUCAGUUAGAAGCUGCAGCCUCAAAUGGACCAAGAGUAUUUGUAACAUCUACUGAAAUAGCUCGUUUAGAGAGGAAUAAUAGUAUUACUGUGGCGAAACUUUGUGUUGAUAUUGCAUCAGAGAGAUCAGGACCUGCUGCUCUACAUUAUAAACACAAGGAUAACGCUCCAGUUUAUAGGAAAAAGAGAAGAUCAGAGGUACCAAAAAUACUGGAUGAAUCUAAAAGUUCCCAAGCACUCAAUGUGCCUAACAUGAUUACAAUAGAGAAAUUGCAAAAUCUCAAAUUCCCUACUGUUCCUCUUGAUGCGUCUGUAAACAAAGAAAAGGAAAAGGAGUCAUGUAAAGGAGAAAUUAAAAGGAAGAGGAUGUUGACCAGUGGCAGAAAGGUAAGUUUCAGAAAGAUGCUACCUUUGACAAUGUAGUAGCAAAAGCAGGUGGAGGAAC